AAUGGUCAUAUUCAAGUAAAACAGACGAGAUCGUUGCGAGGUCGCGUUGCAGUGCCGUUCGUCACCAUCACUGAAAUACAUGCAUUAUGACACCCACCGGCUUUCAAAAUUUGAAAGCUUCUGGCAAACUCCGAGAAUCGAGUCUCUGGAUUCUGAUGGUGAUCGGCGAUGUUCUCUGUAAUACUAAUUAGCUUAUAAGUCCCACUGGUGUCUGAGGGUGGCUUGAGCGCUGGUAUUCUACGGUGCCCUUUCUUCAUGGCGUCCACCGAACUCGCUACGGAGCGUGCUCUGUACAUUGGAAAUACCAUUGCUACAGUCAUUUAUGGAGGAAUUGUAUUCAUAUAUGGCUACUCUACCUACCUGCUCAUGGCCUCGAGGAAGCCAAUACCGCGCAGGCUAUUCUACAUAAGUUUUGGAGGCCUUCUCUUACUUCUCUUGACAAUCGCCAGCGCCAGUAAUCUAGCCUUUGGAGAAUUGAUGUGGAUAGAACAGCGAAACGACCCUGGUGGCCCCCCUGCAUUCUUUGCUGCCAACUUGUCCGCGUGGUACAAUGUCUUCGGCACAGCGGCAGACACUGCCGCAAAUAUUUUAACAGACGGACUCUUGCUUUAUCGCUGUUACAUUAUUUGGGGCUCAAGGUUGCGAGUAAUUGUCAUUCCUGCAAUUAUAUUCUUGGGAUCUACUACUAUGUCGGUCAUGAUGGUGAUUGAGAGCGCCGUGCCAAUGUCAAAUAUAUGGCAGGGCCUUGCCGCACGAUUUGGCAUUUCAUGGGUGGCAUUAACUGUCGGCUUUAACAUUAUCGUGACUGGACUGAUCACUUUCCGGCUGCUAUCUAUCCAUCACAGAGUACAAUCUAUCCUCAGCAAUGAACAGAAGAGUGUUUACACAGGCGCUGUAGCGAUCCUAGCGGAAUCUGCCCUCCCGUUCACAGUUCUCGGGAUCGUCUAUAUCGCCACCUAUAUCAAAGGCAUCCCAAGUGCAACAGCGGUAGGAAUAGUUUGGGGAACCUUUGCGGUCUUGACACCCCAGCUCAUCAUUUUAAGGGUCGCUUCAGGAGUUGCAUGGUCGAAAGACACAGAAUCUAGCAUCACUCAAACCACCCUGCAUGACUCAUUUUCUGGCAGUAGUAACACGAUCAUCAAGAAUGCCUAGGUUGGGACAUGUGGUCCCACGUCCAUCUUCAACCAUUACUGCAGAUAUUGGACAUUGCCAACUACUUAGCUUUCGGGUUGCGUUACAUUGCUUGCAUUAUGAGUGCUCAUGGCUGCUUAUGCUUACACCCCAUUCAUACUGUUGUUUAGUCCGAGUCCGCCCGUUCAUUCUUGAAUAAACAAACUGCGGUUCAUCCAAAUAACGGUCCCGGAGGCGUCGAUGAACAUAUGGCCAGGUUAGGAUUGGUUGAAU